GAACGACCCCAGGAACAACUACUUUCACUUCUCAACAACCCAUUAUUGUCGCAGUCUCCUUCAAACUUCGCAUACGAUAUUCCCUCAAUCCACUGAUUCAUUCGAUCGGUAGUUUGGCCCGCAUAACGCCCUAGUCGUAGAGCAUGCUCGUCACCAAUUCAUCAACCUAAUCGACCCUACAAGGAUCAGUUGGCCAUGCCAGGCUCGCUGCACUCUCCCAAUGCCCGACUCUCCCCCGAUCGGCGAUUCUCUCACCACCACCACCAACAACCACAUCAAUACUGACACGCCCGAAUCUCUACUUCACGAAGCAACGACGCAUGUUGAUUCGAACCCAGAAAUAUCCAACGAGAAACCAGCCUCUCCGAAUCGCCUUCGCAGUCCCUCAGAUGAACGCCUUCCCACUCCCGUCUCAGACCGUCCGCCGCCCGAGGACAACAAACUUGAGGAGCCUCCAAACAAGAGACGGAAGCUCAACGACCGUGAUAAUGAGGCCUCGCCUCGUCCAAUCUCUCCUCCAUGGAAGAGGGUCAUCGCGGAUGGUCCCACCUCAUUUCUCGAGAAUGGCCGCCGAAAAUCGGGGAGGACAAACGCGGUCCCUCUCGCCCUUCAGCCACAAUCAAACAAGAGACAGACACGUGCCCAAUUCGACAAGACAAAGGGAGAGAACCAGAAGCAGGUAAAGCCUAAUUAUAAUCUCUCUACUCGAACUCCCAAGGCCGAAACCCCAGUCGCCGCUCAGACAAAAUCGACAAACCUUCGCCAUGCCAGUCUACGAAAUCAAGAACAAUCCAAUGGCCUCAAGAUCGUUCCCAUUCAAAGGAAGUCGAAGGAAUCCGCCACCGAAUCGAAGGUAUCAGCCCCUUCACCGUUAAAAACCACGCGACGUUCAACGAGUACUCCAGUGCACCCUCGUGGCGGCAAAUCUCCCGCCAUCAAUGGCCAGGUGGCCAAUGAAAACCGCGUCAAUGGCCUAAUCAAGAAAGAACCAGAAGACAACGACGAGGAAUCCGAGCUCUCUAGCAUAGUCUCGUCACGAUCACCGAGUCCGCCGUUGGCUCUGAGAAAAGUCACCUUUCGAGUCCGUCUACUAAAUCCAUCGAUUACUUCCCCGGCAAACCUGCCAUCACAAAAGAAGUACGCUUCUUUCCGGGAGUUCAUCGAAAAAGACGAGUUGGAACCUCGGGCAGGAGAAGACCUCCUUACUCAAGAACAGAUUGAGCGAGAAGCCGUCGCUCGCAAUCGACUCUUCAAUGCCCAACAGCUUGGAGGCAUCCUCAACAAAGGUGUUAUCGAUCGUCUUCCAGAGAAGCAAAGCGAGCCCAGGCGUCAAUACGCCCAUCAUGAUCAUCUAUUGGCCCACAUUCAUCAUUUCAGACUUCUACUCCGCCACGAAAGCCGAGAUCACAAGAGGAAGGCUGAGUUACUCGCCCAUGAAGCAAAGCGAUAUGUGGAAGAGAGGCAAAAGCGGAACAAAGUCAAGACAAAAGAAGAGAUUGAGAAAGAACUUCGUGAUGCUAGCAUCGCACGAUACCGGAACACUGUCAAGGAUCUCGAUAAAUUAUGGGCUGGGGUGAGGGCCGAGGUGGAUACCAUUCGUCAGAAACAAUACGAAGAACAGCAGCAAGCUAAGAUGAAGGGCCAUCUAGCACGAGUCUUGGAUAAAACAGAUCAAAUGCUGGCGCGCACGGUCGAACAGGACGAGUCUACCCUUAAUGGUGAUGACGAUUCUUCCAACGACGACUCCGUUUCAGGCUCUGAUGACAGUCAACAAAUGUCCGAGUCCGAAUCUGAAUCUGAUCCAGAAGAUGAAGCUAAUGAUCAUGAUGCCGAGAUGUCUAUCGAAGAACUCAAGCGCAAAUAUGAGAAUCUCCCAGAAGUGCCACAGGAUGAGGACACUGCUAUGGAAGAUGAUGUUGAGAUGAGCCGAAACUCAGAGGAGGAAGACUCUGAUCCCGAAACUGAAAUGGAUAGUGAAUUCGACACAGACGAGAGUGAGGCUGACGAUUCUGACGAUGACGAUGACGCCACAAGUGACCAAGACUCCUCCAAAGGUGGACUUCUAGCUCUCUUCUCCAGAAGAGAAAUCGAGAGCAUGGCACCGACCGAAGAUCCCGAUGAGCAUGACUCCUCAGCUGAUGUUGAGGACGCAACCGCUGCAGAACCAAGUCCGCUAAUUGAAGUCUUGGAAGAAACAGAAGAUAUGGAUAUCGAUGGUGAGGACUCGAAGACUCCUGGAACCAUCAGUCGUCCCCAGUCGAGAGAUUCAGCCAACGACGUGGAAUCGACGCUUCAGUUGACCGACCAUGACCAACUGCAAACCAGCCUACCCUCAGAAGGGGUCGAAUCUGCGAAUGAUUUGUCGUAUCCCACCUCCACAAAAGCAUCAUCCUUGCCACCUGGCCCCGUCACCUCGGACUCUGAGUCAACUGACGUACCGAUAAAGCCUGCUGUGAGCAGGCCGUCAUCUUCACAUCUUCACGUCACAGGAGAUCUUCUCAGUCCUGAGCCAAGUGCUCAGACCUCUCCUCGCACCACUGCUACAAAGGUUUCGGAACCGGAGUCUGCUUCUUCGGUUGAUGUCAGAGCAGAGUCGGCGGCCCCAAUGACUCCCUCAGAUACAAAACCCAUCAUCAAAACACCAGUUCCAAGUCUUCUGCGGGCCACUUUGCGAGAAUACCAGCACGAGGGUCUCGAUUGGCUUGCCGACUUAUAUGCCACCGGGCGGAGCGGUAUUUUGGCCGAUGAAAUGGGACUCGGAAAGACAAUUCAAAGUAUCUCACUUCUUGCACAUCUGGCUGAAGUGUACCAAGUCUGGGGUCCACAUCUUAUUGUGGUGCCAACGAGUGUUAUGCUCAACUGGGAAAUGGAGUUCAAGAAGUUUCUGCCAGGUUUCAAGAUCUUGACCUAUUACGGCAAUCAAGAGGAACGAAAGCAAAAGCGCAGAGGGUGGAUGGCGGAUGAUAGUUUCAACGUCUGCAUCACAUCCUACCAGCUUGUCAUCCAGGACGCCAAUUCUUUCAAACGUCGAAAGUGGCACUACAUGAUUCUUGACGAAGCGCACAACAUCAAGAACUUCAGGUCUGAACGUUGGCAGACCAUGAUGACCUUCAAUACCACGGCACGGCUAUUGCUGACGGGAACUCCUCUUCAAAACAACUUGACAGAGCUAUGGUCCCUGCUCUUUUUCUUACAUUAUGGGCAAGAGAGCGAUGGGGAAGACGACGCCUUUGCGGGGCUCAAGGAGUGGUCCGAGUGGUUCAAGCGACCGGUCGAGUCGAUUCUUGAACACGGCAAUCAAGUUUUGGAUGCUGAAGACCGGGAGCAAGUUGCCAAAUUGCACAAAGUCAUUCGGCCAUUCCUUCUUCGAAGACUGAAGCGCGAUGUGGAGAAGCAAAUGCCUCUGAAAUACGAACACGUAGAGAUAUGCCGGCUGUCAAAACGUCAACGGCAGCUCUACGACGGAUUUAUGGCACGAGCGCAGACGAAGGAGACGUUGACCUCCGGCAACUACUUGUCCAUCAUCAAUGCGUUGAUGCAGCUUCGAAAAGUGUGCAAUCACCCAGACUUGUUUGAAACUCGGCCGAUCAACACCUCUUUUGCAAUGCCAAAAUCAGUGGCUGCUGGGUUUGAGAUUAAAGAUUUUCUCGUUCGGCGGAAGCUCCUACUCGAUGCAGCGAACGAUCUAGACCUGAACUUUCUGCGCCUCGCACCUAUUUCCGACGAACACGUGUCGAAGAUUGAGAUCAUGGAAUCGUCCAAACGUCAUGCUUACCAUCAGCUCAAAGCCCUUCGUGACUCGCAACGAAGCCGCAUCGCCGACAAUUUCUUAUGGGCCGGCGAGAAUCAACGAGCAGUUCUUGGUUCUCUUGACAAUGUUGGGCGGAAAGUCAGACUUAGAGAGAUCGACAGCACGAUGUACUAUGAAGGGUACCGACACGCUCAACGUGCUCUCUAUGGUCGGGGGCUCAUCAACAGGCUGACUAUCAACACCACCAAUGCGCGGUUGUCUAGGCUUUCCAGAAACUCGCUCAGAACACGAUUCUGGGAACAGGAAUCUGUGAUUGAGCCAUUUCUGGGAUUAGUCCAUCCGCUGCAGGCGAGGUCGGAACAGAUGGAACCAUUUGUUCAGAGGUAUGCUUGUAUUACACCGGCAGUCGUUGCUACAGACCUAGGUGCCACCACUGUCACAGAGCCCGGAGCAGCCAUGAUCCGAAAGUUCUCGCAGACACCAGAGCCAGUCGACCCGUUCCAUCAAGCUCGCAUGAAGCUUUCAAUCGCGUUCCCGGACAAACGGCUCUUGCAGUACGACUGUGGAAAACUCCAGAGGCUUGACAAAUUACUGCGGCAAUUACAGGCUGGUGGACAUCGAGCAUUGAUAUUCACCCAAAUGACCAAAGUCCUGGACAUUCUGGAACAAUUCCUCAAUAUUCAUGGCCAUCGCUAUCUGAGACUUGAUGGGGCGACGAAAAUUGAACAGCGUCAGAUACUGACUGAUCGGUUCAACAACGACAAUCGCAUCUUAGCCUUCAUCUUGUCUUCACGAUCAGGCGGAUUGGGCAUCAACUUGACUGGUGCCGAUACUGUCAUCUUCUACGAUUUGGACUGGAACCCUGCCAUGGACAAGCAAUGUACCGAUCGCGCACACCGGAUCGGACAAACGAGAGAUGUGCACAUUUACCGCUUCGUGUCUGAGCAUACCAUCGAGUCCAACAUUCUUCGCAAAGCCAAUCAAAAGCAAAUGCUGGAUGACGUGGUCAUUCAAGAAGGCGAGUUCACCACAGACUAUGUGAACAAGCUCUCCUACCGUGACAUGCUGGACGACACCGGCGAGGAAGAUGCCGCCGGAGCUGCCAUGGAUAGAGUCCUUGGAAAUGAUAAACACAACACGAAGGUAUUGGAACAGGCAGAAGAUCAGGAAGAUCGGGCAGCUGCCAAAGUGGCGGUCAAGGAAGUGCAAAAUGCAGAUGACGGAGACUUUGAGGACAAACCUGCCGACACAAGAAGUGGUACACCUCGGACACACGAGGCGCUGAUGUCUGGAUCCGGCCCAUUUGGAGCCACCGAAGAGGCAUUGAAGGCAGCUCAGGAGGAACACCACAUUGACGAGUAUCUGGUCAAGCUACAACUGUACCUCGUGCGCGACAUUCCAUUGGGACCGGCGAAGAAGAGUAAAAAGGGGAAGAGAAGGGAUGAGCACCGCGUGAGGAAACGAUGAAGCGAUGUCAGUCAUUGAGGCGAGGCACUCGAGGCACCAAUGUAAAAAACUGUAAAAUUAAUCAGAUUUAAUUCUUGGCUUGAUGAUAUCAGAACACUUGCCUCGCCAUCCGUGUCACACGACCAACACAUGGAU